ACAGACGCGCUUUGCACAACACCUCUGUCACAGGUUUUGUGAGCCAUGUCUAAGAAGCUGGUGAUUGUUGAUACAGACUGCGGGAUAGAUGAUGCUCAGGCUGUUUUUAUGGCACUGGCCACUCCUCAGGUCCAGGUGAUGGGCUUCACCUGUGUCUUUGGAAACGCCGAUGUCAACAGUGUGUGUCAGAACGUGCUCAGGGUGCUGUCUGUCUGCGGCAGAGAGGAAAUCCCAGUGUUUCGUGGCUGUGGUGGGCCUCUGGUCGGAGCUGAUAAACCAUUCAGUGAUCACUUUGGGACAGAUGGUUUAGGAGACGUGUUUAAAGACAAGGACCCACAGUGGGAGCAGAAGGUCCAGACAGAGCAUGCAGUCAAUGCGAUGAUCAGACUGGUAACAGAACACCCAAACCAGGUGUCAUUAGUGGCUCUUGGACCACUCUCUAAUUUAGCCAUGGCUGUACGACUAGACCCUGAAUUUCCAAAGAAACUGAAGGAUUUGUACAUCAUGGGAGGCAACAAGGAGGGAAAAGGAAACGUGACACUGUGUGCAGAGUUUAACUUCAUGAUGGACCCUGAGUCUGCCUAUGUGGUUCUGGAGGAGUUUCUCUGCACCACAUACAUCGCCACCUGGGAGUACGCCUGCAGGAACAAGCUCACCUGGGAGUUUUUUGAAGCGUUGAUAAACCAGGAUUCCCCCGCAGCUUGUUUCAUGAAGACCAUCACCUCUCAGUGCUGGGCCUACUCCAAAGAGUCUAUGAAGAACAAGCGGGAUGUGUAUUUUGGACCUGGCUUUGUGUCAUAUGAUGCUUAUGCGAUGGCAGCAUUUAUAGACAGCAGUGUGGUAACAGAAAGCAUUCACUGUCCUGUCCGUGUUGAACUGCAGGGGGCGAUAGGGCGAGGAAUGAUGGCUCUAGAUCAGACAAAUAACCUCAACAAGACACAUAAGGUUUUUGUUUUCGAAAAAUGUGAUGUGGAAAAGUUUGGACACUUACUGAUGAUGUCCCUCAAGCAGCCAUAAUAUACACAACAGACUGGUAGCUGGAAAUGGGGAAGUGAUUAGUUAGUUACUCUUAUGUGAAAUCAAAAUGGGAAACUAAUAUGUGAUUUUUGAGGGAUUCAUUGUAAAUGUAUGCAAUAAAACUAUAUUUAUCCCCACAUUUUAGGACCUAUAGGUCUAAUGGUCAUGAAACCUAUUGUAAAACCAAUCAUACAUUUUGUAUUCCAGCAAUAACCACAUCAGUCUAAAAGAAUAGGGUUAGUACAGUAAAUUAUGAAAAAAAUUGUGUUUACCUCGUUUCCAAUACCCUUAUGCUGCCAGAAGAUAUUAAACUAGAAUCUACUCAAAGCAUUGCCUUUGGUCAUUACUCAUUUCAUAUCUGUAUUAUUGUCUUGAAGGUUAAGCCUUCAUACUGGUCAUUAGAGGCAAAAAAAAACAAAAAACUAUUGAACACCUUUCCAUAGAUGUAUAGGACAUUUUCUAUAACCCAAUACUUAUCCACCUCUGUAGUUUGUACAGUAUUGAAUUAAAUCAGUAGAGCUUGACAUUAAUGUUAGUGGUCUACUUAGAUUGAAAAUACAGAGCAAUGAGGAAUUUGAAAGACUUAAGUGUGCAAUUUAUGACUAGUAAGUACUAGGGACAGCAUCGCGCCUGGCUUGUUUUAGAUUGGAUGUAUAGGGAAUAAACCUCGUGUGAUUCU